UCCCUGCAAAGGAACCGACUCCGGAUAUUGAACGGCGACAUAUUCUAUAAGUACCAGAGUCUUCAGAAACUGUAAGUUGUGAAUUGAUUUUAAAAAAUGUAUUCAGGCAAGAGAAGUCACUUGGUUGAGUUGUAGUCUGCUAGUAAAGCAUUCGUCGUUCAGAAAAAAAGAUUGUUAGCACUUCAAAAUCAGGCACUGAUAGACCAACCUGUCAAGUCCACUGUGACAGACAUGGACAUCAUUCGACGCAUUGUUCGUCCCCUUUUGAUGCUUCUGGUGGCCAAAACAAGCUUACAAUGGAUGUUUUAUCAAGACUCACCUUUGGAUGAUGGUUGUGAGGAAAGCGGGCUUUUUCACGAUUGUUCAGCACAUCAUUCAGUCUAUCUUGUUGUGCCUGAAACAUAUUGGCAGCAUGGAAGUAGUAGCGCGAUGAGGAGACUAAAUAUGUGCCUCAUUGACUGCCAAGAACUAUCUAUCGAAUAAGUCAGCUAUGUAGUAUUGUUUGGGUAAUCUUUCAUUCAAGCAUUGCUUGCAAUUUUCGUCUUCUUCUAAAGAACUGUUAUCAAACCAAAUAUCAUAAAAGUAUGUACCAAUUGGUAUUUUUAUUUUGUUAUUCUACAGGGAGCCGUUUAUAUUUAGGUCUUUAUGUAUAAAAUAACAAGACAGUUGAUGCUAUGGUUCAACUGUAAGUUCUAUUGAAAAACCCUUAAUUUGAUGAAAUCUGCUGUCAGCUGCUUAUAAAACCAUGCCAAAAUCCUCAUCUCGCUUGCCAAAAAGAUUCCUCAACACUGUAAACAUUGCCUGUCUGUUCUAUUUAGCAGUAUUGCAAGCUAAAUUGGAACCGCUUUAUAAGACACCUGAUAUAAAAUACCAUUUUGCGCGGGUUGAUCACUCAGUGAUCUAAAUUUCCUCUGACAUGCAGUUCAUGUUAUAAAUGUGAGGCUUCUGUCCUUAUUGUAACUUGUUGUAACUUGUUGUAACAUGUUAUAACUUGUUAUAACUUGUUGUAACUUGUUAGCCAUUGUGGAAGUUGUUCUCCUCAACACACAAAUUGUAUGAAUGUUUGUAGCAUACUUCUUCUGACAUACUACUUUUCAGAUAUCUACAACAUAACAGAAUCCGAGCUGUGAGCCCUAAUGCAUUCAGAGGACUGUACAAUCUAACAAGACUGUAAGUUCAUUAUAUUCAUCCAUCCGCGCACUUGACAGUGUUAUAUUGAACUUUGAUCAAACAUCUAAGUCCUUCAUAAUGAAUGUUGUUGAUUUAAGUUUUCCUUAUCAAAGUUGCUUAUGUUUGAAAUGAAGGGUAAGUAAUUCAUAUCAAUUGUUUCAUUGAACCGUGCGUAUUUAAAAUCAGUAUUUUCUGCCUCAGAUAUUUAAGCUACAACAAGAUAUCCAUCCUGAUGCCUGGGGUGUUCCAAGAUCUACACAAACUGGAGUGGUUGUAGGUUUUCCUUACUGGCACAUUCUGUAUAUCCUGUGUGCCUAUAUAGACAUACUGCUAACAUAAAUGGAACAAAGACAUCAUAUUUUUAGACAGCCUUCAGAACUCUUUCACAAAGCUUGUAUCGCUGCAGUUUCCUUUGAACCAAUGUUGAGCCAAAUACUUCAGUUAAUAAAAGAGCUGAAAAUAAACUCUACCCUCUGGUUGUAGGAUCCUUGAAAACAACAGUAUCCAUCAGAUAUCCCACACCACCUUUUCAGGCUUGCGCUCCUUGGUACUCCUGUGAGUUUCAUUUCUACCUUUACUUUCUUGAGUUGGGCUUGUUUUGCUUUUACCGUCUAAGAAGUUAUUUCAUAUGCACUUUAUUGAAGUGCCCCAGUAUUUUUAAGGGACGAUUUGAUAUGCUUACGUAUAUUGGCGGAGUGUUGUUUUCUUUGAUCGGCACAAAAAUCAGACCGCUCUUGUUUUGUUGUUUUUGUUCGCAGGGUUUUGUUGAACAACGCUCUGACAAAGCUAGAUGACAUCUGCCUGGAAAUGCCAAGACUAAACUGGCUGUACGUUUGGAAGUCAGCAAAUCAAAGAGCUUUGUUAUCGGCAUGAUAUGACUUUUAAAUAUGUUUUUGUGCACUUGUGUGUCUCCAGGGACAUGGAGGGGAAUCAAAUCGAAAGUGUUGGAAAUGUAACAUUCUGGUCGUGCAACAUGAUGACUGUGCUGUAAGUGUGACUUAAUACGUUUCAAUCUUCAGAAUAGAUUAUGUUUUCCCCAUCUGUGUCCUUGGCUUUCUCAGCAGGCUAUAACCCAUUAGAAUCCCAAAUAUCAACAGCAAUUUGUUUCCACAAGGGGUUCUAAAUAUUAGACCCAAAAACAACACUCUUGUUUAAUUGCUUUUAGAACCAACAUAGAAGAUGAGGGGAAUAAAGUGAGAAAAUUGCUUUCUCUGUUUUAUAAUUCUUGUUUUGACUGUCUUUCUUCAACUCUUUCUAGUGUCCUACAGAGUAACAGAAUCAGUCACAUACAUGAACAGGCUUUUUCAUUUCUACAAAAACUUGGGGAAUUGUAAGUUAUGUUUUGUUUGCCUCAGACAUGAAAUUGCAUGACAUCUUCCUUUAUCACCCAGACACACAGUGGUGCUGCACAUCUUCAUCUAUUCCACUGACUUUUUGAAGAAUUUAGAUAAUACCAUAUUAUCAGUAUAGACUGCACUAUAAAUAUACAGUGCAGUACUAGGAUGAAAUUCAUUGCAACCCAAAAUGAGCCCGAAUAGGAAAACAACAUCUUCCCAGGCCAAGAAGAUGUUCAUUAUGAUUUAUAUUUUAUAAGUUUUGGUUAAUCCUAGCAUUUAUCCUAACAUGCUUUUCCACUGGUUUCCGGAUUUGCAGAACAGUGGGGAGUCUUGGAGUGUCUCCAAUAUACGCCUAAACAUAACCAUGUUAGUCAUGGUGAACACAAAGAUGUGGUGCAUCUAGCUUAACACGAUGCUUAUCAAGUAGGCUAAUGGAUUCCAGGAAUGUAUCAUUAAAGUGAAUAGGAACACAGCAUGCAUGCAUGAUUAGGUGGUCAUGUAAGCCAUGUAAACCUUAUGUAAGUUUCAUAUGUUUGUUUCCAAUAAAUAGCUUUGUCUUCACAGAGAUCUGUCCAGCAACAGACUCCUGGCAAUCCCUCCCAAUCUCUUUGUUCAUCUGGGAGAUUUACUGCAGCUGUGAGUCAGAUCCACACUCGAAUCUAUGCACAAAUGUUCUUUGAAUAUUUUAUAUGCUUUUCUUGCACUAACGUUGAAAGACAUACACAUAGGAAUUAUAAUACAGCUAUGGUGCUAUAGUUCUUGUUGAAUAUUAUGUCAAAUAAUGUAUGCUUUUACAGGAACAUCUCGUAUAACCCUAUCGUGGAUCUGCAAGUUGACCACUUUGAUAACUUGCAUAAAUUGAAAUCAUUGUAAGUAGCCUGUAUGUUUUUCACUGCUCACUUUGUGAAUGAAUGUUACAAUUGAGAGGGGAAAGCAUUAGUAGUAAUACCAUGUUUAGAAAAAAAAUCUAGUUUUGGUAAAUAUGCAAGGGGCCAUUUUAAAUGAAAUCUACAUAAUCCUUUCUUUUUUUUUUAUAACAAUUUUGCAAUCACAAGCAUAUAAUAAAGGGAAUGUGUGUAGAGGUAGUACAUUCUCUCUCUACAUCCCAUUAUGUGGCCCUUUCAGACUAACUAGAAAUCCAUGAUCUAUUUAACUUAUUCCAAUUCCAUAUACUGUAUAAUCAUAGAUUGCAUCAUCUCCUGAUGAUGCACUUUUCCAAUUUGCAUCCUAUCAUACAAGAGAAUUAUGUGGCACAUAACAUGUAAUUAUUGUAUUAUGUGUUCAAUGUAUUAUCCUAUUGGAACAGAGUGCACUUACUGGCCCACACAUUGAGAAUUCCCUCAUUCACACAUAUCAAGAAAGAAAACAAAUAGCAUUUUAGGUCAUACAUCAAAGCUUUUCAUCAAAAGCACUUUGUGAAAGACCAACAAUUUUGUGGAAAGAACAUUGAAAAGAGGGCCUCUGAAAUUCAAAUAUUUUGUUUUGUUUGUUUUUCUAUGUAAGCUCCUAAGGGGAACAACUUUUGUUUGUGUUUUUUAGGAGCAUAGAGGGAAUCGAGAUUGGAAACAUACAAAGAAGGAUGUUUGAACCACUCAAACACUUGACCCACAUGUGAGUACUUUGUUCAUUUUGUUUCAUCAUAAAAAUUCGGGAAAUGUAUUUGAAGAUGAAUCCCAAAUUAAACUUUGAACAAAAUCCUUUGCACUUUUUUAUUGACUGAUUUGAGAUUAAUGUUGUCGUAAGUUAUUUAAAAAGCAUUUGUACCUCUUUUUUUCUGGAAGAAAAUACAAAAUACUUACUUUCCCAUACACACUUUCUAUUGCAAACAAUUCUUAGUCAAUCUGGCCCCUUAUCUAAAGGUUGAAUGUCAACUUCCAACUGUGUGAUCCCAAGCUGUGCAUUAAAUCACAUACAGUGCCUCCAGAAAGUAUUCACACCCCUUGACUUUCCACAUUUUGUUGUUACAGCCUUAAUUUUAAAUUCAUUAAAUGUGUCACUGCCUACACACAAUACCCCAUAAUAUCAAAGUGGAAUUAUAUUUUUCAUUUUUUUUAUGAAAAGCUGAAAUGUCUUGAGUCAAUAAGUAUUCAACCCCUUAGUUAUGUCAAGCAUAAAUAAGUUCAGGAGUAGAAAUGUGCUUAACAAGUCACAAUAAGUUUCAUGGACUUUACUCUGUGAGCAAUAAUAGUGUUUAACAUGGUUUUUGAAUGACUACCUAAUCUCUGUACCCCACACAUACAAUUAUCUGUAAAGUCCCUCAGUCGAGCAGUGAAUUUCAAAAACAGAUUCAACCACAAAAACCAGGGAGGUUUUCCAAUGCCUCGUAAAGAAGGGCACCUAUUGGUAGGGCACCCUCCGGCACUCUGAUUCACCGGUCUACUUAUCCACCGGUCUGAGCGCACCACCUCGGCAACACCGGAAUGGAAACCCAACGCACCCUAAUCACCUCCAGCGCACCUGCACCUCAUCAUCUCAUCACCACCCCUAUAUAGCCCUGGACUGUUCAGUGUUGUGUUGUGUGUGAUUGUUAGUGUCAUGUCGUGUACUCACUCUUUGUUGUUCUCUUGCUCAGUGUUAAGUAAACCUUUACAUUGUUGAUUCCUGCGUCUGCGUUCUACCUCUUCGUAUCCUCAGUACUCAUCACAGAAUCACACACCUCACGAAGAUGGAUGCAGUAGGUAAUCCUCCAAACGCUGCAUAAACUGACCAUCGCGCCGGUUCCACCUCAGGGAGUGACGAGUGCACCUAGUCCACCUCCUCCCGUGCUAUCACCAACGUCUGAGGGACCCCCUCGCCCUGCCAGAGCGCUAUGACGGGAAAACAGCGAAAUGUAGAGGCUUCCUGCUACAGGUUUCACUGUAUCUGACGCGUCAGCGUGGGUCAUCUCCAUCGGACCAAGCCAGGAUAGCGCUGGUGAUUUCGCUACUGGGCCACGGCAGUCUGGGAAGGAGGUGAGGCCGUGGGGCUUCCCUACUCCACCUUCCUCGAUCGGUUCAGGGCGGUGUUCGAUCAUCCCACGGAGGGAAAGGACGGGGGUGAGCGUCUCCUCCGGCUACAACAGGGAGAGGAGGCCGCGUUCGAGUACGCUCUGAGCUUUCGCACAGUGGUGGCGUCUUCCGGCUGGAAUGAGCACGCUCUGCGCACGGCCUUCAGGAGAGGCUUACGGGCGGACAUCACGACGGAUCUCGCAUGUCGGGACGACGAGAUGGACCUUGAUACCCUCAUCGCCACGUCCAUUCGUCUUGACGACAUGUUGAGAGACCGACGGCGUUCCCAACACCACCCGGAACCUCGACGCUCACCCCAUCUGAGCUAUGGAAGCCGCCCUGCCUCCGAGUCCACACCCAUGGAUGUGGGCAGCACCCCCUACACAACCACGGACCACAGAUCUCCUGGCGGCUCCCUAUCUAGGCGGUAUGACUCCCGUUGCCGCUCCGUGAGUGUUCCGUCAUCACCUGUCACCAAACCAUUGUUUUUAGUUCCCCUAACGGUGAAUGGUUCUUCCUUCUCUUCGCUUUCCACGGCAAUGAUAGAUUCCGGAUCAGCUGGGAACCUUAUUGAUAGGGAGCUGGUCUCUGAAUGGGGGUUGCCCACCGUGCCACUGCCUUUUCCGUUACACGUCACCUCGCUGGACAAUAAACCACUUGGAUCAGGCACCAUUACGCACGUCACUCUCCCCACACCAUCACCAUUCUCACACUACCGGAGCACCACGAGGAGCUGUCCUUCCACAUCGUCACGUCACCCCUUCACGGGAUCAUCUUGGGAUUGCCCUGGCUCAGACUACACAACCCAACCAUCAAUUGGAUCACCAAGAGGAUCACAGCCUGGUCCCCCUCAUGCCAGAGGACCUGCCUGCUGGUGGUUUGUUGUUCCACAUCAGUGGAGAGUCCGGGGUCUGCCCUCCAGUCCAACAUUCCACGUGAGUACGCAGAUCUCUCUGAUGUCUUCUCUGCCUCCAAGGCUAAGUGUCUCCCUACUCACAUGGCCUGGGACUGCGCCAUUGACCUGCUGGAGGGACAACACCCCCUGAAGAGUCACAUUUACUCCCUUUCCAUAGCGGAGACUGAGGUCAUGGAGAAGUAUGUGGCAGAGACCCUGAAACAGGGUAUGUGCUCCAUAUUUUCACUGGCUGGAGGGCCAGCAUCCAUUCCGGAUUCUCACUGACCACCGGAAUUUGGAGCACAUACGGGCAGCGAAACGGAUGAACUCUUGUCAAGCCAGAUGGGCCCAAUUUCUUACUCGCUUUCAGUUUAUUCUGUCCUACCACCCAGGAUCCCAGAAUGUGAAAGCCGACACACUCUCCAGGAUGCACCAUACCGGAUCUGGGGGGUCCUAUCCUGCCUCCGUCUCUCAUUGUGGCACCUGUCAUUUGGGAUGUGGACGAAGACAUCCGCCUUGCGGCUCAGGAGGACCCAGCGCCUACCAGGAUCCGUGACCGCCUGCUGAUCUGGGCGCACACCACCCUUACGGCAGGGCACUCCAGUAUGACGCGCAUCCUACAUUCUCUCUCACAAAAAUACUGGUGGCCCACCUUGGCUACUGAUGUCUCCCGCUAUAUCAACUCCUGUUCCAUGUGUGCCCAAACAAAGACACCUCGGAACGCCCCGGCAGGCAAACUAGUUCCUCUCCCAGUGCCUCAGCGACCUUGGUCACACCUGUCCAUAGACUUUGUCACCGACCUCCCACGUUCUGAUGGCUUUACCACAGUCCUGGUAGUCGUAGAUCGGUUCUCCAAAUCAUGCCGUUUUUUGCCACUAACCCAACGCACCCUAAUAACCAACAGCGCACCUGCACCUCAUCAUCUCAUCACCACCCCUAUAUAGCCCUGGACUGUUCAGUGUUGUGUUGUGUGUGAUUGUUAGUGUCAUGUCAUGUACUCGCUCGUUGUUGUUCUCUUGCUCAGUGUUAAGUAAACCUUUGCAUUGUUGAUUCCUGCGUCUGCGUCCUACCUCUUCGUAUCCUCAGUGCUUUUUUUUUCUGUCUUCCCUUGUGAUUUUACCCACACACCGCUACUGAUGGCAAAGCAAUUAACUUUUGUCCUGAAUACAAAGUGUUAGCCUAUGUUUGGGGCAAAUACAAUACAACACAUUACUGAGUACCACUCUCCAUAUUUUCAAGUAUAGUGGUGGUUGCAUCAUAUUAUGGCAGUGGAGGCUCCUCAGAGGAGGAAGGGGAGGACCAUCCUCCUCAGUGAAUUUCAUAAAAUAAAAAUAGUUAAACAUUUCAAAUGUUAUUCUUUUUAGAUAAAACUAUACUAAAUAUAAUAACAAGUCACCAAAUAACUGUUUAAAACACACUAUUUUGCAAAGGUCUACAGUAGCCUCAACAGCACUCUGUAGGGUAGCACCAUGGUGUAGCCAGAGGACAGCUAGCUUCCGUCCUCCUCUGGGUACAUUGACUUCAAUACAAAACCUAGGAGGCUCAUGGUUCUCACCCCCUUCCAUAGACUUACACAGUAAUUUUGACAACUUCCGGAGGACGUCCUCCAGCCUAUCAGAGCUCUUGCAGCAUGAACUGAUAUGUUGUCCACCCAAUCAAAGGAUCAGAGAAUGAAUCUAGUACUGAAAGCAUAAGCUACAGCUAGUUAGCACUGCAGUGUAUAAAAAGUGGUGAGUCGUUGACUCAAAGAGAGAGAAAGACAAUAGUUGAACCGUUUUUAACAAAUUAAUUUUUCCUAAAUGAAGGAGAAGCAAGAGAGAAAUAGAAAGAGAGAGAGAUUUUGACAUUUUUUUUCUCUUUCAUUUUCACUUACUUAGCUAGCAAAUGAGGCUAGCUAGUUUAGCCUACUGAAACACCCUGCUCAAACAGAGGGAUGCUAUGUUAGCUAGCUGGCUAUGACUUUCCAACACAACACUGGAACUCUUCCAAGUCAAGGUAACGUUAAGCUUUUGGUAUUACUAAUUUAUUGCCACCGGGGCCCGCCGGUGUAACUGCUUACUGACUGUACAUUAACGUUACUGCAUGAUUGUAGCGGGUUUACUAACGCGUAAGUUCUAUUAACUAUGAUGACUAUGACGUUACUUUAGCUAAUAUGGUGACAACGAUGUAGGCUGUUUGUAGAGGUUUAGCUUGGAAAGUUUUUUGGGCAUGGUCACAUACAGCUGAUUUGUUGUGCAUUGAAGUCCACAAGCGAAUGGAAGAGAAGGAAUACAACGUGGCUGUUAUGAGAGUGAACUCUGUUUACGCGUGAUCAGGGGAGUAUUCAUUCCGCCGAUUCUAAUGAAAAUGGAACAAAACGGGGAUAAACAUACCUGAAUUUGUCCAAUAGAAACUCUUGUCUGCAACUGUUGGACUAAUAAUUACAUUAUUGUUUGUGUUGUUGGCUAGCUCCUCUGAACAACACUCUCCUGACGAAAUUAAUGGAAUGGAGCUAAGCAUAGGCAAAAUCCUGAAGGAAAACUUGGUUCAGUCUGCUUUCCACCAGACACUGUGAGAUGAAUUCACCUUUCAGCAGGACAAUAGCCUAAAACACAAGGCCUAAUCUACACUGGAAUUGCUUACCAAGAAGACAGUGAAUGUUCCUGAGUGGCCGAGUUACAGUUUUGACUUAAAUCUGCUUGAAAAUCGAUGGCAAGACGUGAAAAUGGUUGUCUAGCAAUGAUCAACAACCAAUUUGACAGAACUUGAAGAAUUUUGAACAAAAUAAUAGGCAAAUGUUGCACAAUCCAGGUGUGGAAAGCUCUUAGAGACUUAACCAGAAAGACUCACAGCUGUAAUCGCUGCGAAAGAUGUUUCUAACAUGUAUUGACUCAGGUGGUCUAAUACUUAUCUAAUCAAGAUAUAUUAGUGUUUUAUUUUUCAUAUUUUUAUUUUUUUUACAAACGUUAGAAUUUUUCUUCCACUUUGACAUUACAGAGCAUUUUGUGUAGAUUGUUGACAGAAAAUGUAAAUUAAAUCAAUUUUAAUCCCACUUUGUAACACAUCAAAAUGUGGAAAAAGUCAAGGGGUGUGAAUACUUUCUGAAGGCACUGUAUAUACUUGUGAGUAAAGUAAUCCAAAACACAAAACACAGAUCCAUGCUGAGAUUCACUGAAAACCAAAUACUUGUCCUCCCGCUUUGUAUCACAUACUGUUUUGGCCAGCUUCUGUGCAACCUUUGGAUGUGCACUAUCCCCUAUCCUGAUAGGGGCCCUGAAACCAUCCCUAACUAGGCAUGUGUAGAUCACAAAGGACAUGCUGUAGAUGUAGGAUCUUAAUUUGAUCACCUGCAAUGCAGGACAUUUAAAACGUGUAGUGUAUCUGAGGUUUAAAAAGGCUUCUGAAGUUUAUAAUUUCCACUUUAAAAUUUCAGACUUGAUUUUCCAUUAUGAAAAAUCUAUAAAUCCCUACAAAAAUAUCCAUUAAUUGUAAUCCACAUAAUAAUUCACAUUUCCUGUUGCUGCAGGAUUAUUUUUCUGCUGUAGGAAACUGGCUCAAAUUAAGAUUCUGCAUGUGUAGUUGUAAGUAAUGUGGCAGAAAUGCCACCUAGCCUAUUUGAGCUCAACGUAGAGAUAACUCCCAUGUUGCUUAUAUCUGUCCAUUUAUUAAAGAUCAUGAACUGCCUAGAGGCUAGAGGUUAGGGACUAGAGGCUAGGGGCUAGGGGCUAGAGGUUAGUGACUAGAGCUAGGGGUUAGGGGCUAGAGGCUAGGGGCUAGAGGUUAGGGGCUAGAGGCUAGGGACUAGAGGCUAGGGGCUAGAGGCUAGGGACUAGAGGCUAGGGGCUAGAGGUUAGGGGCUAGAGGCUAGGGACUAGGGGCUAGAGGUUAGGGACUAGAGGCUAGGGGCUAGAGACUAGGGGCUAGAGGUUAGGGACUAGAGGCUAGGGGCUAGAGGUUAGGGGCUAGAGGUUAGGGGCUAGAGGCUAGGGGCUAGAUGUUAGGGGCUAGAGGCUAGGGACUAGAGGCUAGGGGCUAGAGGUUAGGGGCUAGAGGCUAGGGACUAGAGGCUAGGGGCUAGAGGUUAGGGGCUAGAGGCUAGGGGCUAGAGACUAGGGGCUAGAUGUUAGGGACUAGAGGCUAGGGGCUAGAGGCUAGGGGCUAGAGGCUAGGGGCUAGGGGCUAGAGGCUAGGGGCUAGAGGUUAGCGACUAGAGGCUAGGGGCUAGAGGCUAGGGGCUAGAGGCUAGGGGCUAGAGGCUAGGGGCUAGAGGCUAGGGGCUAGAGACUAGGGGCUAGAGGCUAGGGGCUAGAGGCUAGGGGCUAGAGACUAGGGGCUAGAGGCUAGGGGCUAGGGAUUGUUUUUGGACAGUCUCCCUCUUUCAUCCUAUUAAUUGAUUUCUCUCCUCUUAUGUUUAGUUACUUUAAGAAGUUCCAGUACUGCGGGUACGCCCCUCAUGUGCGCAGCUGCAAGCCCAACACGGACGGUAUCUCCUCCUUCGAGGACCUCCUGGCCAACAUCGUCCUGAGGGUCUUCGUCUGGGUGGUGUCAGCCACCACGUGCUUCGGCAACAUCUUCGUCAUCUGCAUGCGCUCCUACAUCCGAUCGGAAAACAAGCUCCAUGCCAUGUGUAUAAUCUCCUUGUGUUGUAAGAAACAGCUUUCAGAUCAAUCAACUCAGGCCCCCAUUCAAUUGAUUUCAGAUAAAGGAAAACCGCACUGCAGCUUCAUUCAGAAUGUUUACUCUGUAUCAUAAGGGAAGGUGAGGUUUCAGCUUCAUUCAGAAUGUUUACUCUGUAUCGUAAGGGAAGGUUUGAGCUUCAUUCAAAAUGUUUACUCUGUAUCGUAAGAGAAGGUUUGAGCUUCAUUCAGAAUGUUUACUCUGUAUCAUAAGGGAAGGUGGGGUUUCAGCUUCAUUCAGAAUGUUUACUCUGUAUCAUAAGGGAAGGUGAGGUUUCGCUCCAAUUUCCAAUGACAAUGUCCAAGAGAGGGACAACUUCCGGGGUGUGUCGAUUUAAACGUGGUGAACAUCACAGAUUCUUAGUGAACCCUCAGAGCAGGUUUCCUUGAUCCGCAAUCGAUUGAAUUGGGGUCUUUAGCUUUAAUAUGCAGGUUUAUAUAUUUAUUGAACUGUCGACAAUCGCAGUGACCACCACUGAACCAUUAGUACAUAGUAUGUUAAUGUUGUACUCCCCUAGGAGUCAGAGGGAGUCUACAUUACAUGGCUACAUUACAUGUCUUUAUGCCUUUGCUACAAGCCAGGCCCACAUUUUUGCUCAAUUAAACUAGCUUUGUCACAGAUACGGUGAUGCAGGGAAUGAGAGACAUAUUAAUGGCUUAGUCCCUUGGAAGUCUGUGGGAUAGCUAUAUUACCUGACUUUUCCCUGUCUCUGUGCCCUGCACUGUAAGACACACAUUUCUGUUCAAUUUAACUAAGCUUUGAUACAGUAUGCAAGGCUUGAGAUAGACAGUAUAUGUUUAGGACCUAUCCCUGUGAAGAUCAGAAUGGAUUUGGCAGUCCCCCCACCAUGCUUCACACUGUAAUGUGUCAGAUGAAAAAUGCUUUUUGAUAUGCACAUUUGGUACCUUUCCAUAUCAAAAGAAGUGCAAUGACAUGGUCUAGCGCUAUACUAUACAAUGAGUCACUGAAUUUUGUAAUAGACAGAGCCUAUUGUAAUUUACUGAGGGGAAAUGUGAGCGGUAAAUAUGUUGUCUGUUUUGGCAUCACCGUGACCAAAGUCCAACACCAGCCAGAUAAAUUCAUCUUGGAGCAAAAUGUCUGAUGUAUUUAAUUUACGUCUGAAAUUUCAGUUUGAUUUAAAUUUCAGUUUGAUUUUCUUCAACAAAUAUUUCAUCUCUAUGUUAAUGAAUGGCUUACUGAAAAAGGGGACAUCUCAGCAGAGUCAAAUAGACUUCAAAGUUUGGCUAAAGCUUACUUGCAAAUAUAUGGAGGCGUAAGAUAAAGUUUAUAUUACCAGAAAAGUUUGUCAUUGCUGAUAAUAACAUAUCAGUUUGUACAUGACACUGCUAUUAACCCUGAACAGAUUCACUCUGAAAUCAAUUUGUCCAUCAAAUUCAUGUCUUGAAGUUGAGAUGUGCCUAUAUUCCACUUGUAGAUGCUCUGAAGGCAUACUGUCGCUCAGCUGGUAGAGCACGGCGCUUGUAACGCCAAGGUAGUGGGUUCGAUCCCCGGGACCACCCAUACACAAAAAUGUAUGCACGCAUGACUGUAAGUCGCUUUGGAUAAAAGCGUCUGCUAAAUGGCAUAUUAUUAUUAUUACUACUGUGAUUAAAAACUUGGCCCAUUAAAUUACAGAAGUUUGCAUUGAUCUAACUCUACAGUGACUCUUUUCUGCACUUUAUGACUCCCAAAUGACAGUAGAAUUGAUUGACUAAGGAGUGAGAUGUCCCUUUAACCAAGGAGAUAGAUUGAAUAGUAGUGCACGCUAACCAAACUACGAUGUUUGAGAUCUGUUUCACUGUAAAAAGUCCAGCAGAUAGUAUCAAUCUGUACACCGAGUUCAAUUGGAUCAUAGUAAUUACUGUUGCAACCUACUUCCACCACCCAGGUGCCGAUGGCCUGAUGGGCGUCUACCUCUUCAUGAUCGGCGCCUACGACCUCAAGUUCCGCGGCGAGUACAACCGCCACGCCCAGGCCUGGAUGGACAGCGAGCAGUGUCAGGUGAUCGGCUCCCUCGCCAUGCUCUCCACUGAGGUCUCCGUCCUGCUGCUCACCUACCUUACCCUGGAGAAGUACAUCUGUAUCGUCUACCCCUUCCGGUAUCUAACCCCUGGCCGCCGGCGCACCGUCUCCAUCCUCCUCAGCAUCUGGUUCAUUGGCUUCGUCAUCGCCUUCCUCCCACUGGUCUUCAAAGGAUUGUUCCGGAAUUUCUAUGGUACCAACGGCGUGUGUUUUCCGUUACACUCGGAGCAGCCCGAGACGACGGGGACGCAGGUGUACUCCAUCGUCAUUUUCCUAGGUGGGUGUCUUAUCUAACUUAAUGUCACUGUCAAGGUCAAAUUUUAAAUGUCACUCUGAAAUGAGUAUUGUCUAUUUCGAAUUUCAGUCUGAAAUGACAAUUGUUCCAAUGUCACUCUGACAUGAGCAUUGUUCCAAUGUCACUCUGACAUGGCCUAUUUCUAUAUAUUUCCAAGUGAUGCUUAUUAGAUGUAGCUUCCAUUUUAAAGCCCUAAUCAUGAGGCUCACUUGUUUGGCCAGAGUUUAAAGAGGCAUGCCUGUAGCCAGAGGGUUGCUGCCUGGUUCAAAUCCCAAGUCUGGUAAAUGAACUGGCAUCAAGAAGGUUGCUGUUGUCAGAAUUCCAAAUACCAUGUUUACUUCCAUUGUUCCCUUGAGCGAAUUGCUCCAGGGUUGCUACACUGUGGGCGGUACUGUUCCGCUUUCAGCUUCUCAAUGAGGGGUACAUACACUCAGGUGGUUGAGAACAGAAGAGACAUUACCAUAAUUGCUUAAUGUUUCUAUAUAAGUGCUUUUCUAUAAUGUAUCUCGUUGUCCGUUACAAAGGCAGUACCACAUUGGGCCCCUAAAACAAAUGCAUUGAUUCUGGCUCAUGAAAGUUGCCACAUUGGCCUUUGUCCCAUGUGUGUCAAACUGUGAUAAUUGUUUGAAUUGUUCUGAAAGUUAAAGUAUUUUUUUAAAAUUUACUUUGUAUGAGUACAAGGAGUUCAGAGGAGCUCACAAUUAAUGUAAUUUCCUCAACAGGCCUGAACCUGGUUGCGUUCCUCAUCAUCGUAUUGUCCUACGGGAGUAUGUUCUACAACAUCCAGAGGACAGGGACACAGACGACUAAAUAUAGUAACCAUAUCAAAAAGGAGGUGACCAUAGCCAAGAGGUUCUUUUCCAUCGUCAUCACAGACUCUCUUUGCUGGAUACCCAUCUUUGUCCUCAAGAUUCUAUCACUGUUGCAGGUGGAGAUUCCAGGUAGGAGUUUCAGUACUGUCAUAAUCUCUGACUACUUUUAUAAUUUCAAACAUUUCAUUUGGAAACCCUAACAUUGCAUCAAACAGACAAGGUCAAUUUGUAGGCUAUAAAACGUACAAUAUGUAGGCUACUAUGCAGUGCCAUCUUACAUCAAAUAUAAGUAUUUCAAUCAGUCUCUUUUACAGAUAUUAAACUUGCAUGAAAGUGAGCAACUCUCCAUUUGGGCUGAUCUGUGACCCGCUAGCACCUCCCCAGGUCAGAGGGGAAUAAGGCAACCUCAGAGUUACACACAAGGAUACUUUAUUGACACACACAGGAAUUAAAUGGACAUAGAAAGGUAGUGGUUCUGUAACAGGAGAAACAGAGGCAAUGAAUAUACACAUACCAAAUUAACACACCAGGGCAAGAAUGCACAGAUACCAAAUCUUAUAGAAUAAAGCAGUAAUAAAUGACAAAGGACUGUAUAGAAAUAUAAGCUGAUAUGCGGCUUAACAACUAGCAGUAAUAUACACAAAUACACAACUAACUUUAAACACGCACGCCAUCCCACAUGUCCAGAGAUAUGCCACAUGUCCAGAGAUAUGCCACAUGUCCAGAGAUAUGAAUGAGUCCAGUUGUUGUUGUGCAGGACAGAGAUGAGCUUGCUGCCUUCUCUGUGACUCCUUGAAGGAGACUGACAAGUGUGUGACUGGAGAGUCAGAAAGAGGGGCAGAUGUCUGGCCCCCUAGCAACCACCCUACCGACUGCCCUGUCAACCAAUCAGUGGCCAGGGCCCUAGGUGUGAAAGGACAGUUUAUGACAUUAUAACCCAUAGCCUAGUCUGCUAGGUUCCAGUGGGGGAGGGGUGCCUACUUCAAAGGUUAGAAAGUUUGUGUUUGUGUCUCUGAGAGGACUGUGAGAUGGUGUGCUAAGAGUCUCCAGCAGGGAAUUUGUAACAUUGUAUCAUUCAGAUUAGUUCCAUAAUGAAUCCUAUUUUCCGGUUGUAAAUUGAAUAGCAAACUUCCAGACUGAUAGGUACUCUAAAUGUAAAUGUGUGGUUGUACUCGUAGCAUGUUUACAAAUGGACCAGCAUCACAGAACAUCCUCCAUCCAUCAUUGUCUCUUCUCUUUCACCCCGCCAACCCACCACACCUCACCCUACUCCCCAUGCAUGUACUGUAUACAGGAAUAGAACUUAAGGGUUUUGAGUACAUUUACAUUUACAUUUUAGUCAUUUAGCAGACGCUCUUAUCCAGAGCGACUUACAGGAGCAAUUAGGGUUAAGUGCCUUGCUCAAGGGCACAUUUACGUCAUUUAGCAGACGCUCUUAUCCAGAGCCAGCCUGGCUUGUAGAACAUGAUUUCAACUAGCAUGGGUAACUUUCAGGUAAAAAAUGUGUGCCUUGUGAAAUUUGCCCAGACUGGCUAGUUUAGUUUGGCACAUUUUCUACCAUCCGUGACUGAAUGUAGACCCUAUGUGUAUGUCUACUGAGGAAAAUGGGAUUGCAGAAUACGCAUUUCCAUUGCUCAUGUAUUAAAUGGAUAAUAAUGUAAUCUUCUUCUUCCCGAAUAGGAACCAUCAGCUCCUGGGUGGUGAUCUUCAUCCUGCCCAUCAACAGUGCCCUCAACCCCAUCCUGUACACCCUGACCACACGGCCAUUCAAAGAGACCAUCCUCCAGGUGUGGGCCAACUACAGGCAGAGGAGACCACUAAUGAGCAGCCACCCAGCCCACCACCCCUCAUUAACGUUGCAGGAGAUGUGGCCGCUCCAAGAGAACAGCCAGACCCUGACUUCGCCCGGCGACUACCUGACGCAUCCCUUGGAGAUGUCCUGCACAAUAUCAGGCACGUCAGGCACGUCUCAGCUACUGCCUGUGGAAAGUACAAAUGCCGAA